UAAAAUUAGAAAAAAACAGCAACUUUUGUGAUAUCAUCAACAAACAGACCAACACACCCAAGGAGAAAUAAAAAGGGAAGAAAUCCUCCCUUUCUUUCCUUAAUCUGCCAGCUUCCCUUUCGGUGCAAGGCUUUCAGAAAUCUGUAUCAUAUAUUAUGCAUCUGGGAGUGUGCUGGCAGGUUGAAUUUUACUGUACAUAAAUUUUCAAUUUUUUUCCUCAAAUUUUCAGAUUAAACUGUAGAAUUAACCCUUUAGGAUCGAAAUACCAAUCGAAACAGAAAAACCCAGCUCGUAAUCUUUGGUUUGGACAGGGAAAAUUUGAAAAAUCAGUGUGGGAGGAUCAAAGUUUGGAGCUUUCUGGGAGGAAGUUGGGUUUUUUGUGGUGUUUGUUUGAUGGGUUUAUUGGUUGAUUCAAAAGGGGAAGGGGGCGGCGGAGGAAGUGGAAGAAACGGCGGUUCAUGGGGCGGCCGGCAUAGUUUGAUAAGGCGGAAACAGGUGGAUUCUGUUCAUGUGAAGUCAGGGGGUCAUCAAUUGGCCAAGGAGUUGACUGUUCCCCAUCUUGUUGCAAUUGGGGUUGGCUCAACGAUUGGAGCAGGAGUCUAUAUUCUUGUUGGAACAGUUGCUAGAGAGCAUUCUGGACCAGCACUAGCAAUUUCCUUUCUAAUAGCUGGAAUUGCGGCAGCCCUUUCUGCAUUUUGUUAUGCUGAACUUGCAAGUCGGUGCCCUUCUGCAGGGAGUGCCUAUCACUAUACAUAUAUAUGCAUUGGAGAAGGUGUCGCUUGGUUAGUUGGUUGGGCUUUGAUUCUAGAAUAUACAAUUGGUGGCUCAGCUGUUGCUCGGGGCAUAUCACCUAAUUUGGCAUUGCUUUUUGGAGGAGAGGACAGUCUGCCUGCUAUUAUAGCCCGGCAGCAUAUUCCUGCACUAGGUCUUGUGGUUGACCCAUGUGCAGCAAUUCUAGUAUUUAUUGUUACAGGGCUCUUGUGUGUGGGAAUCAAGGAGAGUACAGUAGCACAAGGCAUUGUGACGAUAGCGAAUGUAUGUGCAAUGAUAUUUGUUGUAGUAGCUGGUACUUAUUUGGGUUUCAAGUCUGGCUGGACUGGAUAUGAACUUCCUACAGGGUACUUUCCCUUUGGGGUGAAUGGUAUGCUUGCUGGGUCUGCAACUGUCUUCUUUGCGUACAUUGGUUUUGAUUCAGUUGCCAGCACUGCUGAAGAGGUGAAGAAUCCUCAACGAGAUUUGCCACUUGGUAUUGGUGCUGCACUAUCUAUUUGCUGUGCGUUGUACAUGUUGGUUUCGAUGGUCAUUGUUGGUUUAGUGCCUUAUUAUGCAAUGGAUCCUGAUACACCAAUUUCCAGUGCAUUUGCUAGUCAUGGGAUGCAAUGGGCAGCGUAUGUGAUAACUGUUGGAGCUGUUACUGCUCUCUGCUCAACAUUGAUGGGCUCUAUUCUUCCUCAGCCACGAAUCCUGAUGGCCAUGUCUAGAGAUGGAUUGCUGCCACCAUUUUUUGCAGAUAUUAGUAAAAAAACUCAGGUUCCUGUCAAGAGUACAAUAGCAACUGGGAUUUGUUGUGCAGUCUUGGCCUUCUUCAUGGAUGUUUCACAGUUGGCAGGAAUGGUUAGUGUGGGUACACUUGUUGCAUUCACUAUGGUAGCAAUAUCUGUACUGAUACUCAGAUAUGUUCCGCCAGAUGAGGUGCCUAUGCCUUCAUCUCUUCGGGAGUCAAUAGAUUCAGUGUGGUUACGACAUGGAAGGAAUUCUCAAGAGAUCAAUGUUGAAGAUCCUAAGACUAGUGUUACCAAACCUCUACUCGAGGAAGUGAAUAUCACGGUUGAACUUCCUCUGAUAAAAAAGCAACUGCCUCUUAUUAACUACACACUAAGUGAAGCUAAAAGGCGUAAAAUUGCUGGCUGGACCAUAAUGUUCACAUGUGUCGGCGUGCUUCUCCUGACAUAUUCAGCUUCAGAUUUGGCCAUUCCCAGCUUUCUUCGCUAUACAUUUUGUGGAGGUGGCGGUAUUCUUCUUUUGUUAGGUCUGAUUGUACUCACAUGUAUUGAUCAAGAUGAUGCACGACACACCUUUGGGCACACAGGAGGUUUCUUAUGCCCAUUUGUCCCAUUGCUACCUAUCAUCUGUAUUCUCAUCAACGUCUACCUACUGAUAAAUCUUGGAGCGGACACCUGGGCGCGUGUUGCUGUAUGGCUGCUAAUAGGAGUGGUGGUUUACGUAUUUUAUGGCCGAUCACACAGCUCAUUGGAGGAUGCAGUUUACGUGCCAGUAGCUCACGCUGAUGAGAUCUUUCGGAGCUCAGAAACUUAUGUAGCGUAAGUUUGUACAGGAAAUGGAAGUUGUACAGGAAAUGCAAGAACGAACUUGGUCCAUUAUAUCGUGUACUAUGUCAUCUGGCGAUCGUGAAGUGUCCUCUACUGCGUGCUUUUGACUCCGAUUAUGUAUUGUUGGUAAUCUUGUUAUAGCAAGGACUGAAAUCAGUCCAUUGUAUAAUAGCUUAUUGUCUUCUUGAUGCUGGACGUGUUCGUGCAAUGUAAAUAAUGUGCAAUAAUGAAAGUUUCCACUCUCCUUCCUUAGGACAGAGGCUCGAA